AUGUCUUUGUUCCAAACAAUCAAGACCCCCGUGGUGACAUACGAACAGCCUCUAGGACUAUUCAUCAACAAUGAAUUUGUGAAGAGUGUGGAAGGUAGAACAUUCGAGACUAUCAACCCCCACAAUGAGAAGCCCAUUGUAUCUGUGCAUGAAGGCACAGCAAAGGACGUGGACAUUGCCGUGAAAACCGCCCGCAAAGCACUGGAGGGCGAAUGGAAAAAGAUCACUCCUUCCGAUCGUGGCCGCCUCUUGACUCGCCUCGCUGACUUUCUGGAACGUGAUAUUGACACAAUUGCCGCUAUUGAAGCCCUUGAUAAUGGUAAAGGUGUGACAAUGGCCAAAGGUGAUGUCACCGCAUCUGCUGGGUGCUUGCGCUACUAUGGUGGCUGGGCCGACAAGAUCUAUGGCCAGACAAUCGACACCGACGCCAAUAGCUUGACGUAUACCCGUCAUGAACCGGUCGGCGUUUGCGGCCAAAUCAUUCCUUGGAACUUUCCACUUCUUAUGUUCGCUUGGAAGAUUGGUCCUGCUCUCGCAACCGGCAAUACAAUUGUCAUGAAGACAGCAGAGCAAACACCACUCUCAGCCCUGUAUGUUGCUAAACUUAUCAAGGAGGCCGGCUUCCCCGCUGGAGUCGUCAAUGUUAUCUCGGGGUUUGGAAGGAAUGCUGGCGCUGCGAUUGCGGCACAUAUGGAUAUUGACAAAGUUGCAUUCACCGGGUCAACUUUGGUCGGACGCCAGAUCAUGCGAGAGGCUGCUAAUAGCAAUCUGAAAAAGGUGACGCUUGAAUUAGGAGGCAAAUCGCCGAAUAUUAUUCUGCCUGACGCAAAUUUGGAGGAAGCAAUUGGAUGGGUGAACAUGGGGAUUUUCUUCAAUCAUGGGCAGUGCUGCUGUGCUGGCUCUCGAAUCCUUGUUCAUGAAGCAAUCUAUGACCGAUUCUUGGAACUUUUCAAAAAGCGCGCUGAGGAAAACAAGGUCGGAGACCCAUUCCACGCAGAAACUUUCCAAGGUCCUCAGGUCUCCCAAGUGCAAUAUGAUCGAAUCAUGAGUUAUAUUGCCGAUGGAAAGAGCGCAGGCGCGAAAGUGGUUACCGGUGGUGAUCGGCAUGGAUUUGAAGGAUACUAUAUUCAACCCACCAUUUUCGCCGACGUUGACGAGAACAUGACCAUUGUGAAGGAAGAAAUCUUUGGACCUGUCUGUACAGUACAGAAAGUCCGGGACGAAGAAGAAGCGAUUCGUGUGGCCAAUGAUACAAACUACGGUCUAGCUGCAGCUGUUCAUACCACUAACAUCAAUACUGCCAUCAGGGUGUCGAAUGCGAUCAAAGCAGGAACUGUUUGGGUCAACAACUACAAUACUCUUCAUUACCAAAUGCCAUUCGGUGGAUUUAAGGAAUCGGGAAUUGGUCGAGAGCUGGGUUCGUAUGCUCUUGAGAAUUAUACGGAGGUGAAAACAGUCCGCGUUCAACUAUCCCAGUCUUGA